GCCAAAAUGAUCAGUACUGACACCAGAAUGGCAGCCACUCUGAAGCUGUUAAAGCCUUUAGGAUAUCGAGCAUUUUGCAGUCCUUUUGCCUGCAGUGCAACCCAGAGUGUGAUGAGGAUCCACGCUGCUAAGAAGCUUGUCAGAUGGUGGUGUGGGGUAUGAAUGCAGCAGCCAACAGUGGAGCCAGACAGGAGGCAAGAGGUGCCACUUAGGCUGGCACUAAAAGGCAUUUAUAGUGGAUGGACUGAACAGUCUCUGUAAAUAUCCUCUCGGAUUUUGGCUAUUUCUGAUGCUUGGAAGCUAUCCUUUCAGCCAUAAAGAUGGUAAUAAACCUUUGCCUCCCACAGUUCAAACCAAGAAUUUACUGCAACAAGAUAUCAGCCGAUGGUUAUGAAGUAGAAAAUCUCAUCUCUGAAGACCUCAUAAAGAGAAGUCAUGGUUUCAGGACAGAGUAUUUCAUUAAGCCACCAGUCUAUGUGACAGUUUCCUUUCCCUUCAGUGUAGAAAUCUGUAGGAUUAACAUAGACCUCCCCGCUGGGGGAGGCCAGAAUGUCACCGGCCUGGAAAUGUACACAUCUGCCUUAUCCAGCAGAGCGUCUUGGAGUACCCCCGACUGCCGGACCCCAGGCCCAGCCGAGCCAUCCAUCCCGGGCAAGGAAGCGUUCACCUUGGUGGGCAAAGUCUUGUUGAAAAACCAGAGCCAAGUGGUAUUUAGCCACAGGGGCUUCAAGGCCAGGCCACCUUUUAGCCCGAUGGAAGCCACACUCCCGUCCCCUGCUGUCGUGGCCCAGGAGCUCUGGAAUAAAGGGGCUCUUUCUCUUAGUCAUGUGGCCCAUGUCAAGAUCUGUAUCACCCAUGUGACAGGCAGCGGCAUCCCUUGUAUCAAGCGGUUGGAAGUGUGGGGUCAGCCUGCCAAAACCUGCUCUCAGGAGGUGAUAGACAGUGUCCUGCUGGUUGCCUCGGAGAGCCUUCCUCAGGACUUGUCUCUGCAGGCCCCAGCCUUGCCCAUGGAGAGUGACUGUGAUGCCGGAGGCCAGUCUGAGGGCCAGCAGGCCCCCUCCAGCCUCCAGGAGCUGGCUGAGGUACUUCAAGAUGUACCUGAAGAGUUCCUGGACCCCAUCACCCUGGAGAUCAUGCCUUACCCCAUGCUGCUGCCCUCGGGCAAGGUCAUUGACCAGAGCACGCUGGAGAAGUGUAACCGCAGCGAAGCCGCGUGGGGCCGAGUGCCCAGUGACCCUUUCACAGGAGUAGCCUUUACUCCACACUCCCAGCCCCUGCCUCACCCCUCCCUGAAGGCCCGGAUUGACCAUUUCCUGCUCCAGCACUCCAUCCCCGGCUGCAACCUGCUUGGGAGAGCACAGACUGCAUCGGCAGUGACCCCUUCUUCCAUUGCUCUGCCCUCUCGGAAAAGGAAGAUGGAGGAGGCUGAGCAUGCUCCACACGGUAGCCUUGGUUCAAAUGCUUCCUGUUUCUCUACCACAAGCCUUCUGGUCUCACCCACUACCUCAGAGCACACUGCUAAGAAAAUGAAAGCUGCCAGUGAGCUCGGAAUGACACACAUGGAUUGUUCAACAGGUCCACUGUCCCAUGAGCAAAAGCUGUCACAAAGCUUAGAAAUUGCCUUGAUGUCAACCCUUGGCUCCAUGCCCUCCUUCACCGCUCGGCCGCCCCGGGGGCAGCUCCAACACCUCGGCACAAGAGGGGGCAGUACUUCCCUGAGGCCCAGCGCCAGCUCAGAGCAGCCUGGGGGCAGUCUGGGCCCCGAAUGCGCAUCCUGCAAAAGAGUGUUCUCUCCCUACGUCAAAAAGGAGCCCGUGUACCAGCUGCCCUGUGGCCACCUCCUGUGCCGGCCCUGCCUGGCUGAGAAGCAGCGCUCCCUGCCCAUGACAUGCACAGCCUGCCAGCAGCCAGUCGCCAGCCAGGACAUUCUCCGAGUUCACUUCUGAGUGACUGGCUUCAACCUGAGAAGACCCGUUGCUGGGAGGAGCUGAGGGGAAGGGAGAGGAGGUUGACGUGCUUGAGGUCUGGCCAGGUCCCAGGCACAGAGGGGCCCCUGCUCUUCCGGGGGGCUUUCCCUUUAUCUCCUCCCCCAGUGGAGCCUGUGGGCCUAGGAGUGAGGGGUGGGGAGGGGCCCCCUACACCCGCUCAAGUGGCAAUAGGAUAACAAAGCCAUAGUUUGGGCUGGGAGGGUGGGGAGAAGUCCCUGCCCUCCCGUGCCUGCCCGCCAGCGCCUCCUGCCAGAGCCCGGGGCCUGCUAGAGCCAGCCCCGCCCUGCUGCGGGCCUCCCAAACUGUUUGCACACAUGCACACACACCCCCAUCCUCCAGGGUGGGUGUGAGUGGAGCAUAUAGACUGUGGCUCCGGAUCUCAGAGAGAGCCUCCACCCUGAGUGUCACCCGAAAGUGGGCCCAGGCCAGGGUCUGCGGAGUGAGUGGUUCAGCCCUUCUGACUGGCAGCGCACUCCGAGCCUUAAUAAAGCGAUGGUUGACAACUGC